AUGGCCAGGGUUGUGAGACGGGCCGCCACUGCUGCGGUUCGAGGUGCGCCUAGCCGUGCUAUCAAAAGACGAGCCCGCAAGCACAAGGUGAUCAUGGAGGCUAUCACGCAGGAAAAGAAGAAGCUACGAAGUGUGAUAUGCUUUGAAGCUCAGGCACCGAGUGGAUUCACUUUCAUCCCAGCAGGCAACCCUGCCUUGACAACCGCUUGCAAGGAGCGAUGUCGCAGGGACGGGCUUCAGGUCUACGCUGUCUCGACAACACCACACAUGGGUACGCAUAACCUGUCGCAGCACGUUCAUAGAAUCGGAUACCACUUUCCAAGCACUGUUGUUGCUGCUGUGUGCUCUGAGCUGGGUCUCUAUCUUACCAGCGCGGGAAAAGCAGUCCCGUUCCACACACUGGGGGGUCUGCAAAAGGACACCACGGCAAGUUCUGAAGUGGAUCAAAUCACCAUCAACACCGAGGCGAGAGAUGCGAUUAGGGACUUGUUUCCUAACAUCCCCGACAACGAUCUUAACCAAAUCAUUAAAACGGCAUUUCAGAAGGGUCAACGAAAGGUCGGCACAGCAUCGGAACUUCCUCUGGCUCGUAGAGCACAGCUGGCCGUUGUGGCGCACAUCCGCCAUCUCUACACUGAUUACGAUCGCCUCUUGAAGCAGAAGUCGUUCCACGAAGCCAGGUCUGAAGUAGAGCAGCGGACCUUAGAUAAGGUCAUCGCAUGGCGUGGGGAUGACGAGAACGGACAGACUGCUCUGGAAGAUGUUUUCCGUGAAGUGAUCGUUAUCUCAGAUGACGAUGACAGUGAAACGGAAGACGAGUUGCUUGUGCAAGACAACGCUCGAGACCGCAGCGUCGAAAUACUUUCAGACACUGGCCAGAUCCACGAGGUACAGACUCGACCUGUGAGGGCUACACCGACUACGUACCAUCAUGAUCCUGCGCGUGAGCACUCUGAAGAGUUCCCGCCUGGAUUCAGGAUAGUCACCAGAGCUCCUGCUCAUAAUGCCAUCAAUCGCCGCGGAUUCAGCAGGUAUCAAGCCUGGAAUCGCGCUCUGAAUCGGUAUCGGGCGGAAACAAAUGCCACCAAACCUGUCUCCGUCAGCAAUACGAUCUUUGGUGAUCGGCAGAGUGUGGGAAUCCCCGGCCGGCCUAUCGUCAUUCAUGGCGUGCCGGAACCCCCGGGCAGUUUCUCGGUCGACAAGGCCCCAACAGUGCAAUACAGAAAAUAUUAUCACGAAAGUCGCCCACAACAAGCUCCUCCCCUUGCGUUUACUGACGCUAGGCCUGGAAGUGACCUGCCUGGGCCACGUGAAAGACGACCGCGGGAAGAAUUUGAACCUACGAUGACCAAUCCCAGAGCGACUGGAAGAUCAGUGACGCUAACCACACAGAAAUCUCCUCGAGCUUCACAUCUUGGCGCCAAAGUCUAUCCUCCUGCUAGUUCUGCUCAUGCCCCGAGCAACUAUCCUCCGGCGAAAAGCUCCCAUGGCCGCUCCGAACUGCCUCCGCCGUCACCUAUCAAUGGGACAGAUGGUCCAGCGUUACCACAUAGGCCGCAGGAGUCAUAUGCUGAGAAAGGAACCGGAAUGAAAUCUCACAUGGAACUCCCAGAAUCUAUUCAAUCAAGGACGGUACCGAAUCGUGAGGAGCCAGUCCCUUCCAUUGAAAUGGCCGAUCCCGCGGCUUUUGCAGAUAAACGGUAUGCAGACGGCCGUCUUGUCCAUUUGACGCAAGGAAUGUCACUCCGCUCCGUUACUCCAGUUUAUUCACAGGAUGAGCCCUCUCGACAUGUUGUUGCCACCGCCCCAGAUAGCCCGGAUGAUCCAAAGGUCAAGCGAAGACGAGUUGCGUAUCAGGAGCCACAUGUUGUACUUCCAGCUGGCCAUGGCGGACGACAGAGUAUUGAUGCAAACCCAAUCUCGGCGGGGCUACGAAGGAGCCAUCGCCAGGAAGAGACCCCAGUUGUCCCGCCUCAUACCCAGGACAGGCUCUAUCUCCGUCAUGAUCGAUCACCACCUACGAAACAUUCUCAGACUUUGGGAUACCCACCUCAGAGGAAUACCACCAUUGUUGGAUUUCAAAGUAGCUCGAACGCCAGGCCCAUUUUGGAGCGGCCACACAUGAUCCACCCUCACGGGCCAUAUUCCGCAGGAACCCAGCCUGGCUUCCCUCAUCAUGACCGGAUUAUGUACUCCACGGAUCGCACCCUUGGUCCCCCAGCUGAUGCCACACGGGCGGACGGGCGGCCCAUUUACUUACAUGAUCGUAGCUUUGGAUCAGAUCGCGUUCGUCUUGCACGGACCGAAGGAUACGUGCCCAGUUUGAGGCCCUGCGCCGACGGUGGCCACCCUGUUGUGCACCAUGCUUCUACCCAGGGAAAGCAGUAUGCGGACGGAUUCGUCCGUUCUGUCGACAUUCGUGAAUCUCGCCCCACUCCCAUGGACUCGCAUCAGGCACCGUUGAGGAUUCCACAGGUGUUCCAUGUUGAAGCAGACCGUGGCCCGUUGGCACGGGCCAGAAUCUUUGAGCAGCAGAUCCCGUACGACUCAUCGCGUGCUUCAGGCCCCAUUGGAAGUCGGCAGCCUCGAAGCCCGCGUCUGGUGCAGUCUGCUCAAGACCAGCCGCCUCGGCAACUCCAUCCCAGUCCUCGUGAACACUAUAGUAAACCUAUUGGUGCUCCCCGUGACAGACGCCCUAGUGCCGGGCCCAACCCAUCGCGACACUCUCAUGAUCCACGGGCCUUCCAGAUGGCCGAAUCCAAUCGUCCGAUCUAUGUCCAGCGGGUCGAGCCACGGCCACCUCCGCGAUAUGCCGUACCAGAAGGACGGCCUAUCGUUAUUGUGGACUGA